AAAUAUUCCAUAUUAAAUGUCAAGUCUGUAAAAUGACUUUGGCAGAUUCUAGAGAUGAUAAACAAAUACCCAUUCCAGGUGGUAGACAUUGAUUGACAAUCACAUAAUUAGCAAAUGCGAACUAAAAGGGACCGUUUGUGAAAGAAAAAAAAUUAUUUUUAAAGUCAUCAACCAUUUUCUAGCUCUUACCAUUCAUCGUCCUUUCAAAUUUUAACUGCAAAUAACAUUUGUUUUCAUAAGCCAAAUAAGCGGUGUUAUCCUUUUCUUGCAUUUUAAUUUUUUUGUAAAAUGCUUAUUAGAGCAAAUGUAAUUUCAAUUCUGCAAAAAUGUCGUGUUAAGACAGUGACAACAGGCUGUCUAUAAAUAAUAAAUAAAUUACAAGUUUUAGUGUUACAAAAAUUCAGCACAUGGCAUUUUGACUAGCACAAGAAAUGUUCUAGGAAAACAGCCAGCCGAUAUUAGACAUAUGGCUCAUAAUUGAAAACCAUUUCAUGUGGCAGUAAUAAUAGACGAAUAUAUCAUUCUGUAAACUCGUGUCCUUUGCUACAAUAUACAAAUUACAUGAUCACGUUUUUUUUUUUUUUUUUUGUGAAGUUUUUGAAAUUAUUUAUGAUUCACCACGUAUUGCAUUAUUUAUGAUUUUCUUCAAAUCAACAGUGCCAUUAAUUAAACAUUAGGCUCGUUUGAGAAAAAGAAAUCAUUAACAUUCUCGUAAAAGAUGACAAACCUAUCCCACUCCUUAUUUCCUUAUAAAUUUAUUAUUUAAGUAGAGGUGAUUUCAGAACACUUUCAUUCAAAGACAAAAGAGUGUACACAGCGCUUUUUAGAGAGCACACAGAAAAAAAAACAAUAAAACGAUAGUAAAACUAAUUUGAAAUUGCCAACUUUAUCAAGAACAAUGGAUCGACAAUUGUCUGGCCUAUGCCUGCUAGUUAUGCUCUUCGGCAGUUGUAAGGCUGAGUCGGCCAGGUUAGACCUCUCCAAGCCCAUAGUAAGGUAUACCUACAAGUGUAUUGUGGACUUCCAAGGGGACAGUUACUAUGAUCUAGUGACCCGCACGGACGGUUAUGGCUCUAUCAGUGGAUUAAACCCGUCAUGGGCAAUAUCUGCUAGCUUCACAGGCGGGUCUAGAAGCACUGGUGCCUGUGCCCGACAGGCUUUGGCGAAGAUUGAUUUUAACGCCGGUGCCGGAAAGAAACUACGUAUUGAUAUGUGUUUUAAGACCCCCUCCGGCAAGAACUUUAACAUCGGAGACUCCAUCAGUAACAAUGGCUAUGCCGGAGACAGCAAUCACCAGCGAAAUGAUGCCGAAAUCCAAAAUGACGGAACAAAGUUCCUUGCCUUCAGUCACGACGACUAUGGCUCUGACAGAACUCUAGUAGACGCUCCUGACACUAUCCAGCCGUACAGUUCGUUCAGUGUGGAGAUCGGAGACAACUACGUGGGUUGGGAUAACUACAAAGUCAUUCGAUCUCUCAACUCUACAGGACUUUUUGCUUUAAACGGCCAAGCAGAUAAAGGACCUAGAAAUCCGGGUCCUAACUACGAUAUCUUCAUGGGGAUGAACCGAGUUGUCCACGGAGCUUACCGAAAAGGCACGGGUCUGUGCGCUGUUGGGUUUAAGUGGCUCUAAAUAUAGACGCAAAUUUUUAUAAUGAUAAAAAAAGAUUUUUGAUUUUUCACUUCUGUAUUUGUAUACUUUAGUUGAAUUAUAAAUGAUAUUACUUUCUAAAAUUCUUGAAAAUUCCUGGCUCUGAUCUUCAUUUUUAAUGUUACCCUAAUGAGCAAUAAACAGCGAGACCUACUCUAUGAGUUUUUUCUUAAAAAAAAAGAGAAAUGUGCGGGACCUUUUUAUCUCACUUUUUCUUCACAAAAUGUGUCAAAUGUAACUUAGGCAAUUGAAACUACCACAGUGAUUGCAUCUGAAACAAUUUAUAAGCAGACCUACAUGUAAAUAAGUUUAAAUAUGAAGACUGGCAAAAUAUUACUUCAAUAUCCAAACUCUGAACCCCUGACAGUCCAGUUUC